AUGAUGGACAUUGUCAGACGCCUGAUUCAACAUUUGGUGGCGGCAACAUUGGUUACACUUUUGACAACAAUGCCAAGUGUGUCAAAUGCAUUCAUGUCACAUGAUCAACAACAAUUACAACAGACGAUGAAUAGUCAUCAAUCAUAUAUUGCCAUCACUGGAUACUCAAUGACAACAUACUUUUUGAGUGGAUACUGCCACUUGCCUCUGGAAGGCGGCAAGGCAUACAUGUACACCGUGCUGCCAGACUAUACAGUACACUACGCGAUAUAUAAUGAUGAAAACUGUCGAAGCAGUGCACUGGAGCACAACGAGACGAUUGCCACGGGCAAGCAGCCCAACCACCCGUGGAUCCAGGUCUACCUGGUCGACGAGGUCAACGUGACGAACCGCGCGCACCACUUCACCUGGACCUACUACGCCACCGGUCGACAGUGCAAUGGAAUACCGGCCAUUGCCUAUUCGCAACCCAUUGGCAACUGUCUGCCGCGCGACUUUUGGGACCCGUGGGGCAAGUACCAGACGAUCAUGUGCCAUCCCUCGGGCAAGACCUACACACAGACCAUCUACGAGGAUCGCGUCUGUACGGAGCGCGUCUCUGAGUACGUCAAUGUGCUCGAAUCGACAUGCAACACUGCACAAGAGUCAUGUGGUCAUCACUAUUCAUGUCAAUAG